GUUGUUCGGAAGCCCUGUUAGAGUGCUGGUGAUUAUUAGUAUUUGCUUAAUAAGAGAGAAUUUUGUUUGUGAUGGAAUAUAAAAAGCCUGUGCUACUAGUGCCUUUAGUAAACACGGUGCUGCUGGUGGCGAUAGUCCUGGUCCUACCGCUGCUAAUUCCGAUUCUGGCGUUGUUUCAAGUGCACCGGCAAAUUGUAGCACACUUAUUAGCUGCCAAAUAUGGCUCAUCGUUCCGAGGAUUGCUGGAAGGGUCGGAUGUCGUCUGGGCAGCGCAAACGCGAUCGUCAAAGGCAAUGGCAAAUGUGUUGCUUUUGUUUGAAAAGCCGGCACGUGCGACGCUCGGCAGCGAUGAGUUGCUUGAAAUAUUUCGCAACCGGUUGAAACGUCAUCAAUCGGACGAGGCUUAUCAGAAGAUGUUCUGGGAAAGACGUUUUCAAUGGUGAUAUUAUUUUUGGGUAGAACAAGGGCUUCCGCUGUGGGCCGAUCGUUACGUCAAAGAACUCGACGCGCUUCCCGGCCAUGGCUGCUUGUCUCGCAAGCAGCUCUGCACACUAAUUGGCUCAAUCAGCAGUCGCGAUUGCAAUGGCACGAGUUGGGAGCUGCUCGUCGGAAGCCAGCCAUUGCGUUCCCAGGCAGAAAGCGGCGUAAUGCUGCACCCGGUCGUUUUCAGGUACCACCAUUCAAUCGCUGAUGGAAUUGCGAUAUUUCGAUUGUUCUGCAAGGAUUUCCUCGACAGUACAGGCACAUCGGAGCAGCACGUGUGGAAUCCAGACGCAGUCCAUACCUCCACCUCGAUGAAACGCUUCAUCACUUGGCGCAACAUCCUGCAGAUGGCUUUUCGAAGUCCGAGAUUUUUGAUAAAUGAGACACUGCUCAAGCGCGAACACAGCCCUUUCUUCGGCACUGAACCGAGCGGCGAAAAGAUCGUCUGUUGGGCCGGAGCAGAUAGUGAGCACGUCAAAGGCACGACUCCCGUAAUAAACGUAAUCAAGAACAUAAAGCGUUCGCUGGACGGAUCCAGCUUCACCGACGUCUUUCUGACGGCGUUUGCGAUGAGUCUUCGGGCGUACUGCACGCGGAAAGGCGUCCCCGUACCACCGUCCGUUACGAUCGGUCUGAUGCAACGGUUCCAGCGAGAAUCGAAAGUAAUUCAACUGCGUAAUCUCUCGACGGCUGUAUUUAAAACGUUGCCCGUAGCUGAACUGCCCGUUGGUGCGUCUUCCGUUGCUACAAGCGCCGAGCUAAGGUCGCAGAUAAAUGCUGUAAAAGGUUCCAAAGAAGCAGUGCAGGCCUCUGCCGAUGCUUUAUUAACCCACCUAAGCGUGUCGUACUUUCCAGAGCUGCUGCCUGUUCCGAUUGUACGUGCACUAUUUGCCAGAAGUAAGUUUACCAUCGCAUUGUCCAACAUUCCUGCCUUCGGGGACAGUGUCUCGGUGGAAAAUUACAUCCUGAAGGAGGCCACGUUCUGGGUUCCUAACAUCGAGAGGAAUAUGUUCGGACUGACCAUACUAACAAUGGACGGCCGAUUGCAGCUAGGUGCAAUUGCGGAUCGAAGAAUAAUUUCGAGUGAGAGAGAAUUGGAAUGCUUACUGUGCGAUACCUUGCAGGAGCUCAGGAAUUUCGGUGAAAUAUUACACAAAAAUCAGCUCGUAUUGUAGUUCAGCCUUCGAUAAGAUAGUUUAAUGAGACGGACUCAAAACUAUAGUUAAACAUGUGAAACAAACGAACUCAGCACAAUUAUAUGUAUAAAAAACAUUCGCCUAACAA